AUGCCGGAUACGCGGGAUGGGCAGCCGACUGUGGCAGAUCCUGGCAGAAUUCAGAGAGAUCUGUAUUUCCAUAUAUUUAAUUCAUGCGAUUAUUUUAGAAGACAUGAAGUGGAUCCUGUGGCUGCUAACCCUGAAGGAGAAAACUUUAAUAAUUUGCUGGAGAAUGUCUCCAAUUCAGCAGAGGUGGUGGACAAGCUGAAAGAAAGUUUGCAGCAGAUGAAAAGUUCAAGGCCAUUUGGGGUUUCCUUUAACGGGAGCUUGACCUACUUUAGAAAGAAAAAACACAGCAAACCAAAGUCUGGACCAUUGCUUGAGAGCUUUGAAUUGAUUAAAAAAGUGGGCAACAUCUCCAUAGAUCAGAUGCAACACGUAGGAUCUGAAUCACCUUGGCCACAAAUUAAUGAUAUGGAUUCUGAGUUGAGGGAGCUAGAUGUAGACCUGGUUUAUUCUUCGUCAUUACCAACCAGGAACCAAAAUAAAUUGCCUGAUGGUUGCAGUUCAACAAAGAAAAAGUCACGUAAAUCGAGGAAGAUUGCCCACGAAAUACACAUUGAUGAGGGAGUUUAUAUUGACGAUAUAAAACACGAUGUGGAACAACUUUCUGUUUCUCAACAUGAUUCAGAUAAAGUCAAGAAGAUUGGGAAUGCUAGUCAUAUGCUUAUUGAUUGUCCGGAGCCUGAAGGCCUGUCUUCUGGCAUUUCCAAGUCAAAAAGUUAUCCGAGUUUGAAAAGGAAAGCAGAUGAUCAGUUAGCUCCCCCUCCUAAGGUAGCAAAACUUUCAAGGAAGAUUAAGGUUAAAAAAGCAUCCCAGAAGGUGGCAUCCAGGCGGAUUGUUAAACCUUCAAAGCUACUUGUUCCGUGCCCCAAGACAAACGGUUGUGCUCGAUCUUCUAUUAGUGGAUGGGAUUGGCGUCAAUGGUCACGGAAUGCUCUUCCAUCAGAAAGGGCCCGCUUGAGAGGAAACCGUGAUGUUGUUCCUCAUAGUUCUUGCUCUGAUGCUAAUGGUAAUCAAAAUUCUAAUAAUAAAGGUCCUUCAGCAAGAACAAAUAGGGUUAAGUUGCGGAACCUCUUGGCUGCUGCUGAAGGUGCUGAGCUUCUAAAAGUCACUCAAUUGAAGGCAAGGAAGAAACAUUUAUGCUUUCAAAGAAGCAAGAUACAUGAUUGGGGCCUUGUUGCCCUUGAGCCAAUCGAGGCAGAAGAUUUUGUGAUUGAGUAUGUUGGAGAAUUAAUUCGCCGUCAGAUAUCUGACAUACGGGAGCUUAAAUAUGAAAAGAUGGGUAUAGGCAGCAGUUACCUGUUCAGACUAGAUGAUGGUUUUGUGGUUGAUGCUACCAGGCGGGGAGGAUUGGCAAGAUUUAUUAAUCAUUCUUGUGAGCCAAAUUGCUAUACAAAGGUGAUAACCGUUGAUGGCCAAAAGAAGAUCUUUAUUUAUGCAAAGCGGCAUAUAUCUACGGGUGAAGAGCUUACAUACAACUACAAAUUUCCAUUGGAAGAGAAAAAGAUACCCUGCAAUUGUGGUUCCAAAAGGUGCCGAGGAUCAAUGAACUAGAAAUUGCAUCUUCUUGUGGUCAAGGUAAUCUAUUCCGUGUGUAAACUAUCAAUUAAAUCCCGAAGCAUUUUUUGGAUUGAAGGAAAUAGGAAGUUGAGGGAAAUGAAAUAAAGUCUCAAUAAUUUGUGGGUUGACUAUAAAUCUGCAGCCAUUGGUAUGAUAUUUUACCCUUUUUUAUACAAUUAUUUUUUUUACUCAAAUUCCCGCAUCCAAAUGCUUCAGAACUGACAGAUAAAAAACCAAUGUCUAUGGUUGUGAUGAAGAUGAUUGUGUUUCUGAAAAUAACACCUUUUGUAUUACAAUCAUGUGUUAAAGAUAAAUUACUCUCAUCUUCCAAAUAUAAAUUACUCUUACCUAUGAUGGUUCUGUUACUGAAACUAAUACCUUUCUGUGUGACAAUCAUAAAUUUCUAUGCUGCAAAUAAAUGAUCAUGUCGUGUUCUGCUUUUUUUUUAGACAUGAUAGACUUUAGUUUGGGCAUGUACAACUAAUGGUGAAAGAUGCACCCAAAAGGCAUAAAGAUAAUGUUAGUGUUGAAAGAUUAAGCGGGAAAAAAGGGUUGUAUGAAUAAAAGUUGUGCAUAAUAAAUUUAGCACCUCAUGUUUUAUGGUGC